AUGGCGGCGGCGCAAGCAGUACCCAAUGGUGGAUUGUUGGAGGAAUGGAUGAAGACAGUAGUGAAUAAGAAUGGAGGGACUUUCAGCAGUAGGAAGGAGGCUAUGGAACAAAUGAAGGAGGACUUGAGGACAACGUGGGAAGAAUUAACCCAGUGGCUCGUGGGUAGAUGGGAGUCGUAUGAAAUAUCGCGUCUCUGUGAGAGCGCGGGGGACAUUCUGAAGGGUGAGGAGAGUAAUUGGCACAGGGGUGAGUACCUGCGGAAUGUAUGUAAAGGAAUUGUCGAAAUAAAAUAUUUCAUGCGUGGAGUAAAGACGAUCAGGCUGAAGCAAGGGGACACGAAGGAUGAGGACCCCGUUAUUACGCCCCUCACGAAUGAGGAAGCCUAUCGUCGCUGCAUCGUCGGAACAGUUGCCCUUUCCGAAAUUUAUGGAGAUCAUUGUCAUUUAAAAGAUGUGAUUGACCACAUAUCGCGCAACGUGGAAAAUAAUUUAAAGAAGAAACACUCGCAAGCAGCCAAGAACUUGGAUAAAUGUAAAAACAUUGACCAAAUCGCCCUGAUAUUUGGUAAAGCACUUCUCCAGGAAGAAAUCAAACGAAGAGCGCAGGCAGAAAGGGCGGGACGGAAGAACGAGAACUGGAGGAUAUGGGUCCCCUGGAACUAUUGGAAAGACGUCUGUAAGGUCCCAAGAAGGGAUCCGACGAAACUGCAACAGCAGAGAGAAGAGAAUGCACAACAUAUGACAGAAUUUUUAAAAGUAGGCGAUAAUAGUAGUAGUAGUAGUAGUGCUGGCACACCAUCUAUAUCCGACGUAUUAGUAAAUGACGACUAUAGUUUAGAUCAGAACACAUUACAGAAAGUAUUUCGGGGAGCAAUGCAGUUGGACGGUUCCUUCCAAGUGGGCGGAGCAUUACAGAAAAUAAGGAAAGCAACUGAACAAGUACAAGCUGAUGGAUGCAUGAAGCAAGAGGGUAAGACACUUUGCCAGCGCCUGGAAUGUGCAAAAAAACGCUGGGAAUUGAACAACAAGGCGCAGCAGCAGAAUUUUUGGGACAACUAUGUCAAGCCCCAACUUGAGAAACUCCUUCCAACUUCGAAUGAUAGUGCCGCCCUUACUGAUUAUUGCAAAGACGCAUCAAACCUUGAUAGUGCAAAUAAAGAAGCUUGCAAACACAUGACAAAAUUUUUGCAUCAAAUGUACAAAAAUUCAAAUGGUAGCACUAAGGAAUAUUCUGAUCAAAUUAUAAAAUGUGUUCUUUUAAAGGAAUAUGCUAACAAAUUAAAAGAAAAAGCAAAAGAAGGAGGGUAUUGUAGCAUAGAUGAUGGUUUGCAGAAAGCUUUUGAAAAAAGUAAGGACUUUAUGAAGAAUGGAACAUCUCAAUGCGGAGAUCCUAAUGACAAUAAAUGUUUUGAAUGCAAAUGGACGGACACCACUAAUGACGGACUUGACAAUUGCCGCAUUGACUCAAGCCAAAGUGAGAAAGUACAGGACAAAGUGAAAACACUGUUCAGCAGCCACAACCAAACGCAGGACCCCAAAAUACAAGAAACCUUGGCUCAGUUCAAUACGAACAAUUCCUUAUGUGAAUACGUAAAUUGUGCAGCAAAGCGGUGGAAAGAGAACAACAGUACGAGUGGACACGGGAGUGGACAGGAAGAAUUUUGGGAAGAGAAUGGCCCCAUGAAGAAAUUGUGGGAUGAAUUAGCAAAUAAAAUGAAGGACAGUAAUGGCAAAGACGCAAGCGGAAGUGGACAAUGUGGUUCAUUUGGAACUGAAGCUGAAAAGGCGGCAUGCAAGUAUUUGCAUGCCGGAUUAACACAUCUGUAUACGACGACGGCGUCGUCGUCUGUUUUAGACAACCCAUCGUUUAGACAAACGAUGGGUUGUUUCUUACUUCAUUCCUAUGCAAAAUAUAUGAAAGACAAAGCAAUUUGUAAUAUUGAUAAGGGGAUACAAGAGGCAUUUAAGAAUAAUAAUGCUACUUGCAGUAGUGGCAAGGAACCUUGUGUCCCGUGCCAAUGGAAUGAUACCAGCAUGGAGAAUUGCACCGUGCAGACUAGCACAAACGACACGGGCACUGCAAGGGACAAAGUGGAAGGCAUCUUCCAGGAGGACAAGGACAAAAACAUUAGUACAAUGCUAACUGCAAUAAAUAAAAUGGAGACUCUAUGCAACCGUCUCCAAUGUAUAGCAUCCCAUUUAAAUUCCACAAACGGACAAAAACCAUCGAUUACAUCUGCGGACACAUUUUGGACGACAAGUGGCGAAGUAGAACGACUAUGGAAUGAUUUGUCCAACGCCAUGACGAAUAAUGGAAACGACGCAGGUGAUUGUGGGACCGUGGACAGUGACAGACCUGCCACGAACCCUGAAAGGAAGGCAUGCCAAUAUCUUACAGCAGGUUUCGAAAAACUGAAGGAAAUUGCAGCGUCUAACGGCAAUGGCACAAAAAUCUUGGAUAAGGACCCAUCGUUGAAACAAGCGAUGGGUUGUUUACUCCUUAAGGAAUAUGCAAAACGAAUGAAAGGCAAAUCAAAAUGUGUUAUCGAAUCAGGAAUAAAGGAAGCUUUCAAUUCAUGGAAUAGAAGUAUUACUAAUGGUACUUGCAAUGGCACGGAACCUUGUGUUCCGUGCCAAUGGAAUGAUACCAACAUUGACCAAUGCAAAAUUGGCAUAAUUGACGCAGCUGGCGAUAUCACCCAAACGGCAGUAAAGGACAAAUUAACACAUGUUCAGUCCAAAAUUGACAACACCUCCACUGAGACCUUACCGAACAUAAAUAGCAUGUCCACUUUAUGUGAUUAUAUUAGAUGCGCCGCACCCAAAUGGUUCAAAAACAAAAACGGGACUAACGGUAACUCUAAGCACAGUUGGUGUGACUUUUGGGAGGAGGUAGGAGUCAAACCGGAACUGGUGAAGAUGUUUACAGCAAUUCGGACGAAUGGAAAUAACAAAUCAAAACAAACUAAUGUUGUAUGCGAUCAGUUUGGUGAUGAUAAUCCUGAUAGUGUUGAAAGAAGAGCAUGUAAUCAUAUCACGGCAGGUUUAGACUACAUUAAAAAGAUUCCAAAUGGUGCUGCUUCGAAGCAGUCUAAUGGUCAAGACAACCAACUGCUCCAACGAGCAGUUGGUUGCAUUGCUCUUAAUAUGUACGCUGAUAAAAUAAGAGAUGAGUCGGAUAAAGUUUGUCCCAUUGGUGAGGAGAAAAUAAAUAAAAUGUUUGAAGAAUGGAACAAUAAUAAUAAUUCUUCGUCUUCGACUCCAUGUAAUGGUGUUAGUGGUACUAAUAGUUGUUUUAAAUGCACAAGGGAAAAAGACUUUAACAGUUGCGACCUCCUCGUUAAUAAAGACUUAAUUGCAACAGCAUCAUCAGGUGGAAGUUCACCCUGUAAUAAUAACGACAACGACAAAGACAAAGUCCCAAAACAAAUGAACAAUCUCCUCAACGAAGACAAAUCCACCAUUAACACCAAAAUGAAACAAACAUUAGACAAAAUCACUGACAUGAAAUCUUCUUUCUGUACUCAAGUUCAAUGCGCAAUAAAAAAAAAACUAAAGAGCAAAAAUGGACAAACACCCUCAAGCGGAACAACACAACCUUGGAAAAACAUAGAAGAAGACGCCACGAAGGAAUUAAAAGAACUUCUAGAAUAUAUGUCGCAGUCUAAAAAUCAGGAGAAAGUUAACCAAUACUGCAAAGACAACGAAGAUAAAUGGAAUAAAAUUGGCCAUAAGGAAGGCAGAACAAAUAAAGCAGCUUGUUUGCUUUUUGCUUCAGGGUUAAAACACAUUUAUACUCAUGAUAAUGGCCGUGUUAACGGCCGUGUUGACGGCCGUGUUAAUGGCCCAUCGUUUGGACAAACGAUGGGUUGUUUAUUUCUUAAAGAGUAUGCAAAACAAUUGCAAACAAUGGCAAAUGAGAAGAAAAAAGGAUAUAGUUGGGUACAUCCUCUUUGUGACAUAGAUAAGGGCAUAGAACAUGCUUUUAAUAAAAGUAGUGACAUUAUGAAUGGCACACCUCCAUGCAAUAAUGGUAAUAAUUCUUGUUUUGUGUGCACAUGGCAUAAUAACGAUUAUGAUAAAUGCAAAAUUGGCAAUGACCAAAUACAGGACCAAGUUAAACCACUACUCGGAACGAAGAGCGACUCAAUGGAAAAAACAUUAGAGAAUACAGUCUGUCCCAUCCUUCUUACGGAUCUCCUUACCCCUUUUCUUCCUUUGGCUCCUGUCUCCAUUGGUCUUUCUGCUAUGGCUUAUUACCUUUGGAAGUAUUUUGGUCCUCUUGGUAAAGGAGGACAACGUUUCAGAAGAUCUCCUGCAGAAAUACCCGGUCCAUCGGUACAGGAACAAGUCCUCGAUCAUGUGGAAGAAGCCGGUUCACAUGAAUAUCGAUUGGUGAAGAAACGAAAACCUCGUUCUGCUGCAACGAGAACAGAACGUUCUGGUCACGCGAAUCGUCGCGCGAUUAUUGAAAUUCAUUUUGAAGUGUUGGAUGAAUGUCAAAAAGGGGACACACAAUUGAACCAGAAGGAUUUUCUGGAACUUUUGGUUCAAGAAUUCAUGGGAUCCGAAUUUAUGAAAGAAGAACAGGUUCCUAAGGAGGAGGUUCUUAUGGAAGGGGUUCCAAUAGAACGUGUUCCAAUUUUAGGUUCCGGGUUUAUGGUUUAG